UUUUUUAAAGAGGAGAGGAAUAGAGCGCAAAACAAAACGAUAUCAACUCCCCCACCCCCCAAAACCAAAAAUCAACUAAAUGAGCGCUCAAGCGCUCGAGAGUGGAAGACGAGAAAGGCAGGGUAGAAUCAGGGAGUGGAAAGCAAGAGGGAGUUCUGCUGAUAAAGCCAUGAGCCCUCUCGGGUGGGGGCUUGUGCUCAGUUGCCUGGGCUGUGGGAUGCUGCCUGGAGCCCGUGCACAGUUUCCCCGGGUCUGCAUGACGGUGGACAGCCUGAUGACCAAGGAGUGCUGCCCGUCGCUGGGUCCGGAGCCCGACAACAUCUGUGGCUCCCAGGAGGGCCGGGGCCAGUGCAUGGAGGUGCAAGCUGACACCAGGCCCUGGAGCGGUCCUUACGUGCUACGGAACCGGGAUGACAGAGAAGGUUGGCCGAGGAAGUUCUUCCACCGGACCUGCCGAUGCACAGGACAUUUUGCUGGCUACAACUGUGGAGUCUGCAAGUUUGGCUGGACCGGCCACGACUGCAAUCACAGGAAAGCCCCGGUAAUUCGGAAAAAUAUCCAUUCCUUGACUGCUCAGGAGAGGGAGCAGUUCCUGGACGCCUUAGACCUCGCAAAGAACACGACACACCCCGACUACGUGAUCACCACCCAGCAUUGGCUCGGCCUGCUGGGGCCCAACGGGACCCAGCCACAGAUUGCCAACUGCAGCAUUUAUGAUUUCUUUGUGUGGCUCCAUUAUUACUCUGUUAGAGAUACAUUAUUAGGACCAGGGCGCCCGUACAAGGCCAUAGACUUCUCACACCAAGGCCCCGCCUUUGUUUCUUGGCACCGAUACCAUUUGCUGUGGCUGGAAAGGGAUCUCCAGCAACUCAUCGACAAUGAGUCCUUUGCUUUGCCCUAUUGGAACUUCGCCACCGGGAGGAACGACUGUGACGUAUGUACGGACCAGCUGCUUGGGGCUGCAAGACAAGACGACCCAACUCUAAUUAGUCAGAACUCAAGAUUCUCCAGCUGGGAAAUUGUCUGUGAUAGCCUGGAUGACUAUAACCGCCGGGUCACCCUAUGUAAUGGGACUUAUGAAGGUCUGUUAAGAAGAAAUCCAGUGGGAUUAAACAGUGAGAAAUUGCCAACUUUAAAAGACAUACAAGAUUGUCUGUCUCUCACGACGUUUGACAGCCCCCCUUUCUUCCAGAACUCUACCUUCAGCUUCAGUGACUUCAGGAAAUUGAAGAUGGAAGUUGGCACUCGGGAGCAGUUCAGAGCUGGAACUACUGGUUUGGGAACUCAUCUGCAGGAGGUGACCACCAAGCCACUGAAGUAA